ACUUCUUCCGCUAAGGAGUAUUUUAGAUUUGACGACGUCUGGGAAAUAUCGGCACGGCACAACAGCAAUCAUGACAGAAAGAUACAGUUUUUCGCUCACUACUUUCAGCCCUUCUGGCAAACUUGUACAGAUAGAAUAUGCCUUGAAUGCUGUUGCGGCAGGAGCGCCCUCUGUUGGUAUCAAAGCAUCUAAUGGAGUCGUCAUAGCAACAGAGAAGAAGCACAAAUCCGUCUUGUACGAAGAGCACAGUGUCCGCAAGAUAGAGAAGAUCACUAAGAAUAUAGGUAUGGUCUACAGUGGCAUGGGACCUGAUUAUCGAUUAAUGAUCCGACAAGCUCGUAAGCUAUCCCAGGGGUACUACUUAACCUAUCAAGAGCAGAUUCCUACCGCACAGUUGGUCCAGAGGGUUGCUAACGUCAUGCAGGAGUACACACAGAUUGGUGGUGUACGUCCAUUUGGUGUCUCCCUCCUCAUAGCUGGAUGGGACGAGGACGAAGCUAAGCCCUUCCUAUUCCAAUGUGACCCAUCGGGAGCUUACUUCCCAUGGAAGGCUACAGCCAUGGGUAAGAAUCACAUCAAUGGCAAGACCUUCCUGGAGAAGAGAUACAAUGAGGAUCUAGAGCUCGAGGAUGCUGUUCACACGGCCAUUCUCACUCUCAAGGAAAGUUUUGAAGGUCAGAUGAAUGAGGACAAUAUUGAGAUUGGUAUCUGCAACGAGGCGGGAUUCCGAAGACUGGAACCAACAGAAGUCAAAGACUACCUGGCAUCGAUAGCAUAGUAACCCCUUUGUAAUACACUCUUAAAGACCGUUAUAAUAAAAGGCUGUGUCUGACUUGAGGAAUUUAGCAGCAGCUACGGCUUGAUCACUGAAAAGAUCUUUUUAUUAAAAGGAAAGGUUUACCUUUGGUAAUCACUCUUUUAAUUAAUGGCAACAAAACUGUUGGUUAGAAGCCUACAGCAGCUUUCUAUAGAAUAAUGCGUUUUGGAAAACUUCUCACUUUGAAGUAGUGGUUAUGUACAAAAAUAUCAUUUUUUUAUGGCCCAAAAUUUGAAUCUGAGAAGCAUUACUGUCGGUGAUGUUUCUCAGAUGGUGUAUUCCUAUAAUGAGAGAUUAUUCUUCCUGGAUGGACAUGUUCGAUAAGGAUUUUGGCGACUUUCUUUUGAAAUUAAAUUUUUACAUGUUGGGUUUAUUGUACAUGUACCGUAUAUACAUCACCAUUUAUCUAUCAUUAAAACAAUCGGACUGUUAAACAAAAACCCUGAAGGUAUACUUUUCCUUUAACACUGUCGCUGAAGCCAAAUGAUCAUAGCUAUAGCCAAGGACACUUGAGUCAGACACGGCCUAUUGUACUCAUAAUGCAGCCUUUUUGUUUAUGCAUCCAUAUGAGGCUGUGUGACGGAGCCCAAUUUGAUAAAACUGCACAAAUUUGCUCAUCACGGAAACAUUCUGCUCAGGUUAACAACCAAAACACCAUGUUAUGUAUACAAUAGCAAUUCUCUGCAAAUAUAAGCGCUAGAAAAAUUGCUAAGCAACACUUUUUGGAGUACAGCUCUCUAUAAAAGUGUGCUCUACACUGAGGCAAAAGGUGAAAAUAGUCUGGUGCCUUUACAUGUAUGAGAAUCAGCACUGUAGUUGUGAUGAUGUAUACUAGGAGUCAAACAAAGAUGGCAGUAUCGUAGUCGAACUUUACUGCAUUUGACACUUGCCACGGGCUUUAUUUCAGUUCAUAUGGUUUGCUUACAAGAUGACGCCUCAUUGCAUAGUGACAUUAAUGAAUGGCAGUGAACGGUGAGUAACUGAGUAACCGUAUUGGUAUGUGACAUUUGACUUUGUGUUGAUGAUAUGUUCAUAUUAUAUCAGUAGCUAUAAAUACAUAUUCACAUUUGCUCAUGCUUUGUUUCAAAUGUGAGGCACAUAUACAGGGAAACGUUUGUUUGUAUUCGGAUUAACCUUUUUUUCUUUAAGUUCUUUAACAAAAACUCUUUGAUUCCAAAAAGUAAAAUUUGUUUUGUAUUUAAACAAACAAUCUUUGUCAUUUAAUGAUGUGAGACAUUCUGGAACCCGCUCUUUGGCAUGAAGGAUUUACUUGUGCUCAAUUCUAACUUUGAAUUAGACUUAUGGCUUGUUCGUGACUGUACUGUAGCCCAACAUAUGCAUUGCUUAUGGACUUUUGGUUGUUUAAACAGUCCUUACUGUGUGAAUAACAGUCCAUGAAAGUCUUAUUUCUGUUUUCAUUGUAGAAUGUGAACUUAUGACCAUUAAAACAGAUCUACUUUGUCAUGUUAUAUCAA